AUGCAGCUCGCAGCAGUUUCAAUUGCAAAUGGUCUUGAUGUGGUAUGCGUGGAAACCGAACGAGGAUUUUCAGUGAAAAGGGUUCAUCAGAUGUUGGAAUUUCGUGCAGAGAAUGUUGAAGAAGCUCUACAGCAUCUAUUGAUUUCGUCACCGAGUACCAUGGAACAAUUCAUGCAUGUGUUAACCAAGUUAGAACAAUCAGCUGAGGAAAUAAACAAGACUUCAGUAUUGAUUAUUGACUCCAUCGCGACAUUCUUCCGUGGCAGACUUCACAGAGAAGAUCUUCAAAAUUGGAGAAGAGUGCUCGUAAUUUUGUGUAACGUGGCUGUUCGUCAUAAUGUAGCAGUAAUCUAUGUCAAUCAUGUGGCCUCCCGAAGAGAUCCGUCGUCGGAAGAAUGGGCAACAGCUCCAUUUCUCUUCCAUGUUCUUGCACGACGUCCAACUAUUAGAAUCUGGCUGGAACGAGCAUCGGAUGGACCUAAGACCUCAAGAAGCAUUACCUUAAUGAAAUCUCCGUUUUCGCCGAAGCUCACAGCAGAGUUCUUCAUUACGUUGGCACAUGCUAAGGUAACUUUAGCAAUGCGGUUCUCUGCCGUGCUAUCCGAGCAAGGAAGCGUCGAAUCAUUCGCAAAAGGUAUUGGUGCCGUUGCAAAGAUGUGUAAAAAGCGAUGCGGAUUGCGAAUUACACAAGAAGGUAGACUUUAUUCUCUCUACCAAAAAUGGGUUGACGACCAGUCUUCAGGAAUGUGCUUUGUGGCAAACGAAACACUUCAACAGCAAGGGAAUUUUUUAAAUGUUCUAAUCCCUGCAAGACCGGACUUUGAUGUGUUCAACUUUGUGGGAGUGUCCGACGAAAGAAACGAAAUAGUUAUGGAACUCGAUAUAGAAGUUUUUGAGAAGAGCGUUGCUGGAUCUCGUUCUCAUUUGAAGAUGAAACUGCGUCAAAAGCCUGAGCAAGGUCCAUUCCUACAGUUGGAGCUUCGCGACAAGUUGACGGUACACGAAAUACCAGUUAAACUGCUAAAGACUGCUCAUUGGCCAAAAUAUCAGCGUCCAGAUCUCCCUAAUCCUACAGUAUGA